AUGUCCAAUGUGCAUACAUUAAAUGAUAUAAAAGAUAGAGAGGGUGGUUCUUAUAAAAAACCUGGUCAUCGGCUAGGUAGUGCAUAUGAGCAAGAGCUCAAAAAAAAAUUAAGAUCUGUUACCGAAUUUAACUCUGAGAUUAAUGAUCUCAGUGAAAAGCUGGUAGAUAAGUACAAUGAGCGAGAAAAGGAGUCUCAGCGAACCUAUGCUGAUAUUAGAAAUAAGAUUAGCCAGUUAAAUGCGUCCAGUGCUAAAGUUAAAUCCCAGCUUAUUUCUGAACGGAAGUCUCAUUCUGAGAGUUAUCGUGAGCUUGAAGCCAAAUAUACUGCCGAAAUCAAAUCGCUCAAAUCUUCUAUUAAAUCAUUGAAGAGAGAGGCAACUUUGGCCCAGAAAGUUUCGUCCGCCGACAAGAUCAAGAUUCUUUCUCUUGAAACUAAAGUACGUGAAUUGGAAGGUAAGUUGGAUGACUUGGAACUAGAACAGGUGCUCCACGAUUUGAAUGCAGUGGGAGGGGUGAUAGAGGAGCCAGCCCAAUCUGAUCCUAAAAAGAUCGAUUCUCUCAGGCUUGAAUUGGAUCGAGUGAAGGAGGACCUUAAUUCAAAAAAUUAUGAAAUAGAAUGUAUGGAAAAAGGGAAAGAGGUGUCGGAUAACAUAUACAAACGGGAGCUAGAUAUUCGGUCUUCAGAACGAUUAAAAUUGAUGGAGGAAAAUAGUUCCCUCAGGGACCAGUUAGCGUUAAAGAAAGAGCCAAGAGGCGCUUCGCAUAAUGAAGUAGAUACAGUCACCCCUCUCUACAGCGAACCUCGAUAUAGCGAAUAA